AUGUUGGAGUCCACCAGCAGACCCUCACUCCGUUGGGUGCUCUUGGACUGGAGAGUAUUGAGUACCUAUGAAUACAAGCGGGGCUUUCUGCAACUACAAGGUGGUGGAAUUUGUGACCUGAUACCAGGUUCUGUCAUUGACGCCACACUGUUCAUUCCUUGUGGCUACUCGAUGAAUGGAAUGAAAUCGGAUGGAACAUAUUGGACUAUUCACAUCACUCCAGAACCAGAAUUUUCUUAUGUUAGCUUUGAAACAAACCUAAGUCAGACCUCCUAUGAUGACCUGAUCAGGAAAGUUGUGGAAGUCUUCAAUCCAGGAAAAUUUGUGACCACCUUGUUUGUUAAUCAGAGUUCUAAAUGUCGCACAGUGCUUUCUUCACCCCAGAAGAUUGAUGGUUUUAAACGUCUUGAUUGCCAGAGUGCUAUGUUCAACGAUUACAAUUUUGUUUAUACCAGUUUUGCUAAGAAACAGCAACAACAGCAGAGUUGAUUAAGAAAAAUGAAGAA